UAUAUCGCAUUACCCCAAAGGGGAAGACUGACUUCCGCUCCUAUUCAUAUGACGACGGCAUUGUAUAAGCUAAUUUUGUUAUUAUUGUUGAGAUCGGAGCGGUCUACGAACGAUUUUGCCGAGGUGUUGGCUUCAGAUCUACGGUCGUCGCAUCGACGUAGAGUGACAGAGAACGUAUACAGUGCCAUAUAUAAAAAAGGCGUAAAUCUAUAUGAUUGUUUUCAUAUUAGCUUGAGACGAGAACACCGAAUUUGUAAAGGUACCUAAAUGGGGUACACCCGAGCCGUCUACGAACUACUGAGAGAUGGGCAAUACGAGGACGCCGUCGCCUUCCUUGGAGAUCAACUCCAGCUCAAUCCAAGUUCGAGACCCGCAUUGUCUCUACUGGCAUAUGCGCAUUACCGUUUACAGGAUUAUGUGAAUGCAGCAAAUUGUUACGAGCAGCUUGUCCUUCUUAGUACUAAUGAGCAAACGUCACAGCGGUAUCGUCUUCACUAUGCAAAUGCGCUUUAUCAAGCCAGUCUGUUCGAUGAAGCGUACAAAGUUACUCUGCAGAUGGAUGAUAUUCCAGAACUGAAGCUGUCAUUACACAAGCUUCGAGCGGCUAUAGAGUAUGCACGGGACGAUGUCUCCUCGGCCGCCAAGGAACUUCAAGCAGCUGAAGAUCACGGCGAUCCUGACGUGCAGGUAAAUCAUGCAUGCAUUCUGUACAAAGAAAAUAAGUUCGAGGAAGCGCGUCAGAAAUUUCAAACCGCAAUGCAGGCUCAAGGCUAUAGUGCGCAACUUUGUUACGCGGCGGCGCUGUGUUGCUACAGGCUAAAGCUAUACCAACAGGCACUAAAACAUAUUGCUGAUAUAAUUGAACGAGGGAUUCGAGAACAUCCCGAACUCUCUGUGGGAAUGGCUACCGAGGGAAUCGAGGUUCACGUUCGAAAUUCAGCUGUGUUACGCGACACCGCCCUUGUUGAGGCCUUCAAUCUAAAGGCAGCCAUAGAGUUUCAGCUGAACAAUAUCGCUGAUGCUAAGGAGGCUCUAACAGAUAUGCCGCCCCGCGCCCAACAGGACAUCGAUGCUGUUAGUUUGCACAAUCAGGCACUUAUACAGCUGGAGUCAUCUCCGUCGUCUUCCUUCGACAAGCUGCAUUUCCUCGUUGAACAAGGUAGCGGUCCAGCGGAGGCUUUCGCCAAUCUAGUUCUCGUGUGUUGUCGUUUUGAGCAUUACGACCUAGCCGCAGAUGUUCUCGCUGAGCACGCAGAUAUCGCUCACCUCAUGCUUGCACCUCAUAUCCAGGCAUUCUUGGAAGCAGUUAUCGCAUGUCAAACUUCGCCAGAUGAGGCUUACCAAAAACUCGAUGACAUGGGCCAGAAACAUAUUGAAGCCCUUAGAAGACUGAAAAAGUCGAACGCGGAUGCGGAGUAUGAUGAAGAAUUGAAACGUUAUAUGCCUGUUUUAAUGGCUCAAGCAAAAAUUUACUGGGAUCUUGAGAACUACGUACAGGUGGAAAAACUGUUUAAAAAAUCACUUGAAUUUUGCGGCGACCAGCAGUCCUGGAAAACGAAUGCAGCCCAUGUAUUGUUUAUGCAAGGCGACCGCUUUAAGGAGGCGUCUACGUUCUAUGAAUCGCUUCUCAAGAACAGUUCGAAUGUUCUCGACGUACCCGCAGUGGUUCUAGCAAAUCUCUGCGUCUGCUACAUUAUGACAAGUCGAAACGAAGAGGCCGAAGAGCUAAUGCGACGGAUCGAACAGGCCGAAGAACAACUGGCCUACACGAAACCUAACGAAAAAGUCUACCAUCUUUGCAUUGUGAACCUUGUCAUCGGAACGCUCUACUGUGCGAAGGGCAACUACGAUUUCGGAGUGUCUCGUAUCAUCAAAAGCAUUGAACCGGUCUCCAAUAAACUUUCACCCGACACCUGGUUUUACGUCAAACGAUGCUUUAUUUCUUUAAUUGAGAAUCUCGCUAAAAAGGUGAUCGUCGUUCGAGAUGCCGUUGUUCACGACUGCCGUAUUUUUCUCUCACAGUGUGAACAGUUCGGCUAUUCCGUUUGUGCCUCUUUCGACGACGGCCGAGGCUCAUCCGAUGUCCUACCGGCGACCGUUGCGUCGGAGGCGAGGCUGUUACUUGCUCUAUUUGCUAUAAUCAACGAAUAAUAAAUAGACAAUGACAGAUCGAGUUCAGUUUAAUUAUACGUGAAUCACGAAGACAUGUUUACGGGUAAAAUUUACGUUAACGUAAUAUAAACAAAACAGCAGCUACCAUACAAGAUACUUAAUGUACUGUUGUUCAUUUACUUUGUCAAAUAUAAAGCUCUUUUAAAGAGAAGUAAAUAAGUC